AUGCGCCGAGUAUCAAUCGAACCCCGACCGUACCACACCAAAUUGGUCCAAAGUCAAGGUCUUGUAUACACCUUGAACGCCGGCGCUGAUUACUGGCCAGACGACCGGUACUACUCCUUCACAACAGAGGAGAUCGAGCUGCUUAUCCAGGCUGGCAAAGAUGUCUUCCAAAUGUGCUGCGACGCAGCUGAAGCAAUCUGCAGGGACCCAACGAUCAUGACAAAGAAGAUGGCAAUCCCUGAAUUUGCAGUCGAGCAGAUCAUUAGCUCUUGGGAUCGAGAGCCUGCUUGGGGCAGUGUUUACGGUCGGUUUGAUGUCUGCUUUGGGGGGCUGGACCACCCCGACGAGAGACUGAGGACCCCCAAAUUCUACGAAUUCAACGCCGACACACCUACUUCUCUCCUUGAGUCGGCGAUUGUCCAGUGGAAGUGGCUUGAGCAAACCGGACAUGGAAACGACCAGUUCAAUUCCAUAUUUGAAGACCUUGUCAAAGCAUGGAAGCGAAACCUGGAAGAAGCUGAGAAGGUCCUUGGACACGCGAUCGAGUGCGUUUACUUUACGGCUUCAAGUACGGAUACAUCGGGAGAGGACGCGAUAAAUACUACAGUACUCAUUGAAGCGUGCAGCGCUGCUGGGUGGAACACGGAGAGCAUCUUCCUGCAGGAUAUUCAGCUCUCUGUCAAGGAUCAGCGCUUUCAUGAUAAGGCGGGCAAGCACAUCGAUGUGAUCUUCAAGCUGUGGCCCUGGGAGUGGAUGGUUGAAGAGGAAAAGGGAGAACAGUGCUUCAAAGACAUGGUGAACAUUGGUGAACAUGCCAAGUCUGGGGAAUAUGUGGGCGGAACUGUGUGGUUUGAAGCCCCAUACAAGAUGCUUUGGAGUAACAAGGCUUUAUUCCCGAUCCUCUGGGAUAUGUUCAAGGAUGACCCGCGCGGCAAAUGGCUGCUGCCCACGUACUUUGAGCACGAGGCCCCUGAGACCUUGACAAAGUUCUGCCGCAAAGCCAUCUUUGCUCGUGAGGGGGCUGAUAUCAUCUUGAAGGAUGGGGAGAAAGUGAUUCAGGAUACAACAACUGGACAAUACGGCAAGGAGGGGUACAUCGUGCAGGAACUCUGCCAGCUGCCCAAGUAUCAAGAUGCCAAGGGCAACCCGAUGUAUGCAGUUCUAGGUCUUUGGUUUAUCGAUGGCGAUCCAUCAGGGAUGGGUAUCCGAGAAGAUGCAACCCCGGUCACUACCAAUACCUCUACCUUUGUUCCUCACUCCAUUUCAGAUGGCGAGGUGACGUAUGAGAGGGAGGCGGUUCCGACACUCGAGGAAAUUGAUAGAGCUCUGACGAUGACGGAAGAGGAGGAGACGGCGCAAUAUUUUGAUGCUCUGUCAAGUGCCCAGGGUUUGUUCCCGGAGGAUGGGCGUCCAUACUGUAUUGUGCGAGCCAGCGAAUAG